CAGCCAAGCGGGAGGGGGGCCCUGAGGGUUGGGGUGACCUAAUGACUUCCACUGCACUGACAGAGUAAAACUUGCUCUCAUGUGAUGCCAAAGCUCCAUAGUAAAGCAUAUGGAAAAGUGUGAAUGUGUGUGCGACUAUUAGAUACCAAUGUUUCUCUAUGAGAAGCAUUGGAUUGGACUGUACCAGAGUAGGCCAUGAGAGGUAAGCCGCACAGAGUGAGUCUCUGCUCUUGGAAAAGGCAAGUAAAUCCCUAUUUUAUUAACCUUGAUUUACACCCAGGGAGAGCGGGAGACCGACCUACAGGUUGGGACAGGGGCACUAUAGCGUUGGGUAUCCUGAAUUGUAUUCCUAAUGCAAUAGUGUUUCUUAAAUAAUAUGUGUUGGGUGCAAUAAAGGAGGAAUAUGGAAAUUGUGGUUAAAGACACACACAGCAAAAAUUGCCUUAAUUGCUUUGGUCCUUAAGAACAAAACAAGCAAACUGAAACUUGGUCAUUAAGGGGUUAAAUGGUCGCUCGAACCAAUGUAGUGGUUCUGGUACAAACUCUGCCUUUAUUUGGUCCACCUCUUGCUGUUUGAGUGAAGUCCUUCUUGGAGUGGUCCUGCAGUAUUUGCAAGACUGAUGCUUGACACCGAACACUCCCCACAUAGAUGUAUUGAGCCAAUAACUAACAAAUUCAUGGAGAUGAAAUGGAUAUAGUGCCUACAGUGCCCUUUUAAUGAAUAUGGAUUUUGCACAUGUUCAGUCAUAUACACAUAUCAAGCAAGCAGAAACCUUUGCACUGUAAGUUUGAUCUGUCUGCAUAGGUUUAAUGUUUAGAAAUGUGUACUUUUUUUUUUUCUUUUUUUUUUUUAAUUAUCUUUUUAAUUUUAGAAUCUGAAAAGUUGUGAAAUUCAAGAACAAUGGCUUACAGACCUACAGUAUUGCUACAAUGUUUACCUUUCAAAAAAUCCUCAUGAAUCGUCUGCCCUUGGAAUUGUAUACUGAAAAUGGACCUUGGUGAAAGAACUAGCUAAUAAAUAGAUUGUGUUAGCAUAAUGUAAAACAAGUAAAUGGGUUAUUUGCGUGUAAUAGCAUUUUAUUUACUAAAUCUAAGAAAUGUUUGUGCUCUCUGUUUACGUAAUCUGCAAGACCACUAUAUAAUAGAGACUAUAAGCAGUGCUUUGGUAUUACAUGUGUAAAUCUGAACCUAAAAAAAGCCUAUUCUUAAAUGUUUUUAAGUUGAAAUGUUAUUAUAUUAUUGGUGGACUUAACAUAAUGCAUUUGACUGCUCUUGACAGGCUACAGCUAUGCUACCCAGUCCACUGUACAGCCAUUUUUAUUUUAUAGCUUUGAAUUAGUUGUGAUGUUGAGGUUUAUUUUCUAAAUGUUUAUGAUUUUCAAUAGCAACAUUUAGGUCCAUCAGUAUAUUGCAUAGGACAGUACUGCAAUUUAUCACAGAAGAUGUACUUGUGUCCUUUAAAACCUUAAUUUCUGAGAAGAAUUUUCAGAAGCCUUAUAUUUUACUUCACUGGGUAUACUAAUCCCUUAAAGACCAGGGAUCAGACAAGUCCCUUUUUAUCACGUGAAACAUAAAACCGGCCUUAAGGGGUGAACACAGCUGUUUUUAUGUUUUACUGAGUAAUUGAAAAUACAUGUUUUUCCUAAAUCGUAUUGAUUCAACAUUGAUGUUCAUAUUGUCAGCUUUUAAAGCGGUACCUUCUUUUUUGUAAAUAUUACUCGAAAAAUUAUGCACCUGAUUUGUGUAGUGUUUCCUUCUAUUAAGAUUUUGAUUGCAUGCACAUGUAUAGAUAAUAUGAAUUGGCUUCAUAUUUGCAUACACCCUUAUUUUGUCAUGCUUCUUAAUGUAUAUCAGAAAAUUACUACUGCAUUUGUGGCCUAGAAAACAUUACACAUUUAUGUUGUGCAUAACCUUUAUUGAUUGAUUUUUACAAAUCUGAAAAAAAAUAAUUGCUUGGUGAUUUACAGGAUUAUUUACUAAAGUAAAGUUUAAAUUUAAGGUCAAAAUGGCUUGGAAAAAUUCAUGUAGUUCAGCAACUCUGGCCUUAGAUUUGAAAUUCACCUUAACUUUGAAUUCUCACUUUAGUUAAACAACUCUGUUAGAAUUACUUUUGUGAAUGUCAGUUUGGUUUUUAUUUAUAGUUUUAGAAUGUGUGUGUUAAAUCUGUUCAAGGCAUGUUCUCCAACUUUGAUAAAGUAUUUAGAUCACAUGUAUUUCAACUUGGAAUGAUUACAAAUUUUGAUCCUUUGCCAAAUAUGUGUUACUUUUUCUAAAUGCAAAUAUUAAAUUACACAAAACAGAUUCAAG